UUCUUGGUGUCCUGCCUGCUCCUGGAGGGAAAAGGCCAAAGGGAUGCAGCCUCUGUUGCCGUCGCUGCACUAAAAGGAAGCAAAGAAGAGGAACUCUCUUUCAAUUGAGGGAUAGAGGUGGAUUGCAAGAUGAGCCGUGCAGGGAGAUUUAAGGAUUUAGGGGUGCUCAGUGCAGCCCAGAUCAAAGGCUGAGCCAGGAUUGCUGCACCCCUCCAGGAAACCAACGCCGAGUGGGUGCACAGGGACAGAGGUGACAACCGGCCACAGUGCUGGGGGACACACAGAGGAGUGGGAUGGAGCCGGGCUGGGACUGGAACAGCUCUCACAGCAGUCAGACCACGCACAACACAGAGCUGCAGAGCUUUCAACCCUCAUUGGGGACCCCCAACCGGACCCUGCUGCAGGGCCGGGAUGAACAACUGGCCAGGGCAGAGGUGGGGGUGCUGGCAGCCAUCCUGCUGGUGGCCACCGUGGGCAACCUGGCCGUGCUGCUGGCCGUGUGCCGCCCCGGGAGGAAACUGAGCCGCAUGCACCAAUUUGUGCUGCACCUGGCACUCAGCGACCUGGGCGUCGCGUUCUUCCAGGUGCUGCCUCAGAUGCUGUGGGAGGUGACGUACCGCUUUGUAGGGCCGGAUCUGCUCUGUAGGUUGGUGAAGUACCUGCAGGUGCUCAGCAUGUUCGCCUCCACCUACAUGCUGAUGGCCAUGACCCUGGAUCGCUACGUGGCCGUGUGCCACCCUCUGCGCGCCCUGCGCCAGCCCAGCCGCCAGCCCUGCGCCAUGGUUGGGGCUGUGUGGCUGCUCAGCUGCCUGCUCAGCACCCCACAACUCUUCAUCUUCUCCCUACGGGAGGUGAAGCCAGGCUCAGGGGUGCUGGAUUGUUGGGCUGACUUCGGGUACCCAUGGGGCGCCCGUGCCUACAUCACCUGGACCACGCUGUGCAUCUUCCUCCUGCCCGUCGGCAUCCUCACCGCCUGCUACGGCCUCAUCUGCCGUGAGAUCUGCAAGAACCUCAAAGGCAAAACACAGAGCUGCGUCCCCGUGGCAGGAGGGUUCCUUGCAGCCUCCCACAGUGCUCCGUACUGCAGUCAGAAGGGCACAAGGUGCCACUCCGGGCAGCCCUCGCGUGUCAGCAGUGUGCGCACCAUCUCCCGCGCCAAGAUCCGCACGGUGAAGAUGACAUUUGUCAUCGUGGUGGCCUACGUUGCCUGCUGGGCUCCCUUCUUCAGCAUGCAGAUGUGGUCGGUGUGGGACGAGGAUGCUCCUGAUGAUGACUCCGCCGACGCAGCCUUCACCAUCACCAUGCUGCUGGCCAGCCUCAGCAGCUGCUGCAACCCCUGCAUCUACAUGUUCUUCAGCGGGCGCCCGCUGCAGGAUGCAGCACGCUGUCUGGCCCUAUGGGGCUGCCCCAAAUCCGCACCACGCAGGCAGGGCUCGGCAGGCAGCCUGUGCAGCAGGAGGACCACCAUCCUCAGCCACGGCCUCAGUGCUGGCAUCCCCCUGCACAGGGGCAGUGGCACCAACCUCAGCCCCCUCGAGGAGGAAGCGGUGACCGAUUCGGGCACACUGUAGGCUGCGGUGCUGC